CCACCCAGUUGACAUCUCUACAAACUGAUGAUUGUAAUUGGUUAUCAUAAAAUAGAAUUAGUUUAAUAAAAAGAAAUGUUAAGAGGAAUGGAAUAUGAAUAAAAUUGAAAUAAAUUUCAUUUGUUCAUAUGAUAAAAUUUGUAUUGGAAUGGUUUUCUUUGAAUUAUUAUUUUUGUGGAAUUGAUAGAAUGAGCAUUUCAAUGCAUUCAUUAUAAAUGGAAAAAAAAUUAUGGAAUUUUUGAUCCAAAAUAGUGUAUCGAAUGAAUGGAAUAAAAUAUUUCACAUUAUUUCAUUCUGAAAAUUGAAAAUUCAAUUAGAGCCAAAAUAUUUUAAAUACCGUAUACAUCAGUUAUAACAGUCAACCAGAUAUAUUUAACCAGAUAUAUCGAUAAACCAAUCGAUUAACAUAUAAUAAUAUAGCUAUUUUGUAUACUACACAAUUUUGAUUUGAUUAUUUUAUUGUUAAAUGUACUAUUAAAACAAAAAUUUCUGGUUUUGUUAAUUUUAAAUAAAAUAUUUUAUUGAUACACCUAUUUUAUCGAUUUUAUUCAUUUAGUACUAUAAAUGAUAAUAUUCUAUUUUUGUUUGUUGAUAGAAAAAAAAAUCUAUUUUAGUUUUAUAGAGAAACAAUUUAGUGAUUUUUUUACUUUUUAUGUCAUAUAAAACCCGUUAAGUAAUUUUUGAUUAUGAUUUUCCGAUCUAACGAUUAGUUAUGACUUAUAUAGAAAAUAAAGAGUGUUGUAUUUGCGUCAUUUUAAUAAGGGUAUUAGCACGAAUAUUUAAGAUUUAUGGAAUAUACUUAAGAUAUCACUUGAAAAAUUCAUCUAAAGUGAGUUAAAUCAUCUAAAUCUGCCAUUAAAUUAAGCAAACCUAUGUGUUUUACAAUCGUCUUAAGUAAAUCCCGCACACUCCCUCCGAUUCAAAGAUGACCUUUUACUUUUUUUUACCAAUAAUAUAGCUUUUAUAUUUAUAGUUUGAUUAAAAAAAUUUGACCAUCUCCGACCCAAUAUUAAAACUCUAUAUUAGUGUGACUUUGACACAAAAACCUUCACUAAUCCAACACUAAAAAAAAAUAUCAUUUUAGUAUAAUACUAUAAUUUCACAUCAAAUUUGGUGUGACAUUAUUCACCACACUAAAACACUAUUUACUCCAAUAAAACACUAUUUACUUAUUUUAUUAAUAAAAUAAACAAUUAAAUAAAUGACAAAUAAACAUAAAUACAUAUAAUAUUAUAAAAUAACUUUUAGUGUAAAAUUUAGUGUUGUGAUUGGAGAAUAACUUUUUUAGUGCUGAAACUACACUAAAAUGACUUUUUACUUAUUAUCAAUAAUAUAGCUUUUGUAUUUAUAAUUUGAUUAAAAAUAUUAUAUUUAUAAUUUUGAGCAUUUAAACAAAAAAUCUUCUACAUUUUUUCCGACUAAAAUUUCAUUACUUAUAUCAAAUUAACUUUUGGCUCAAAAAAAAUAUCAAAUUAACAAAAUUAAAGUCAUAAAGAAUAAUGGAGCGUAAAUUAUUACACAAACAGAUAGAUACAUGACUCAUAUGCUAGAAAAAGGUAUUAAAAUCUUCUCCAUGUUGACGAAUCUUCAGCUUCUAAAUGAGACCCAAACUAAGACAGAGAUCAUUGGAAUGUGGACCAAACCAAAACUGGCAAGAAAUCCAAAUGACCAGUAUAAAACCCUAUCUGAGAGCACCCAGGCCUAAUCAUCUCAACAACAUUCAGUAACAAAGAUCUUCCCCCACUUUCGACAAUGCCUCCUCCCCCGAGAAACCCCGACCACCGUUCCCCGAAGAGGCCACGGUUCCCUCUUUCUCCUCCCGUCCCUGAAGAGGAAGAAGAAGAAGACGACGACGAGUUCAGCGACGUUAGUGCCAAUGACGUGGAAGAUCGCAGCGACGAAAGUGCCGAUGACGAAGAAGACGACGUCGAAGUAGUCGCUGUCGUUACGGUAGCGGAGGCUCAGUCGAGAGGAUACCUUGGCAGCAGCAGCAGCAGCAGCAGCAUCCCUAGCUCCCCCGUUAAGCUGAACAGCACUGAGAUUCUCGACUGUCCCACUUGCUUAGAGCCACUCAGGGGCCCCAUCUAUCAGUGUCAUAAUGGGCAUAUAACUUGUUCUCCGUGCCUCCCCAGAGUCUAUAAGCACUGCCCUGUCUGUAGGAUGCCCAUCGGUGACAUCAGAUGCAGAGCCAUGGAGAUGGUCAUUGAAUCAUCUUCUGUCCCCUGUCGUUACGCCAUGUACGGGUGUAAAGAAACCACGUUGUAUGGGGACCAAGCACAUGAGAAGGUGUGUCUAUACACCCGUUGCCAGUGCCCCGUAACGAACUGCAACUACGCCGGCGGCUACAAGGAGGUUGAGGCCCACGCUCGUCUUCUGCACUCUUGGGACGUGGAAGACCUCACCCCGUUCGUGUUCAACACCCCUCAGAUAUUUAGCAUCAACCUGGCUAGGACCAGUAGGGCAGUUUUUCAGGAAGAGAAGGAGGGCGAUAUGAUUGUGGUCCAGACUUUCAAAAGGACUAACGCUGGUCUUUGUGUGACCGUGAACCAUAUCGCGCCUUUGUCUCUUGGAUUGCCCAACCUCUCGUGCAGUAUAGCUAAGCUCAAUUCGUUUACGACGCUAAGGCUUGGGGUGAUGGUGAAGAGAAUCCAGAAUGUGAGAGAGCAGGAAGAACCCAGUGAGGACUUCUUGUUUAUUCCGGAUUAUAUGUUGAUUGAUAAUCACUUGAAGAUGCAGAUUUGCGUCGGAAGUGAAUUUAAGUAUGUUCAUAUCUGAGGAAGAUGUGAUGAUGAUUGCUCAUCUUGAAGAUGCAGAUUUGCUGGCAUGUGAUUUGCGCAACUCUUUUGACCUUAGUGUUUUAUUGCUUAUGAUUGUAGUGUUAAGCAAUGCUGUUUUAAUGUUAUACAUGGCCCUAGGCCAAUUUAAAAAUUAUGUCUUUUAUAUAAAAUUUAUCUAAUAUUAUAAACCAA